CCUUCGGUGGCUCGUACUUGACUUAGUCGAGUAAUAAUAAUUGUCAUUGUUCAGAAAAAUAACUCUAGGAUAGCUAUAGGGCUAAUUUUACCAUUAAAAUAGCAAACCAAUUUGCCAUCCUUGAAAAGGACAUUAUGAUAUCAAUACGGGGUCACAUUUUGAAACAGCUUGCUGUAUUCGAUUUCGACCAUACGAUCAGCGAAUACAACACGGACCUCGUAGCCCGUGAUCUUUUGGAUCAGAAUCUAAUCACUCCGGAAAUCAGGAGUAUAGUGCGCUCAUGUGGGUGGAUUCCUUUCAUGCAGCGCGUGUUCCGUUUGCUUCACCAGAGUGGAGUCACACCCGGCGAUAUCAAAUCUGCCAUUCGGGGGAUCCCGGAAGUAUCUGGAAUAAAAUCAUGUAUCGCUGAGUUGGCUGCAAACAAUUUUCACAUAAUCAUUAUCAGCGAUUCCAACACGGAGUUCAUCAAGGUGUGGAACGAAUUCAAUGGCAUCGAAAAAUACAUCCAUACCACAUUUACCAAUCCAGCGAAGUUCAACAACAAUGGUUUGCUGGAGGUGCAUCCAUUCCACCAUCAAACCGAGUGUAAUAUUAGUUCAAAGAACCUUUGCAAAGGAAAAAUUUUGGAUGAUUUUAUAUACAAACAGUUAAAUGAAGCCAAUACCGAAUACGAGAAAGUUUUCUAUAUAGGUGAUGGGAAAAACGACGUGUGUCCAAUGCUAAGACUGACCGAUAACGGAUACGCGUGCCCAAGAGACGGAUAUAGUUGUUUUGAUGAACUCAAUACUGCCAUUUCCAAACGUUCGGAUAGCUAUAAUGCAAAGAUAAUGAAGUGGAUGAACGGAAGUCACCUGGCGAACCUGAUUUUCAAAGAAUUGUGACAUGUGUUAGUACGUACCUUGUUUUAUGCCAUGCAACGUUUUCAAUUUUAUACUCGUGAUUGUAUUAGCUUUGACGUUGAAUUAUUGAGAUAGUUUAUAAUGGAUCGUGUUUUGAUUAGAAAAAUAAGAAAGCCAUUUCGUUACGUCUCAGGUCGUGAUACUCUUUACUAGAUUCGUUUCCCAUUUUCGAACAAAAUUAACGUUAGGGUAGGACGGGGCAAGAUGAGCACCCUAAGAAUGAUAAUGAAUACCUUCUCAGCAAGCAUACUUUUCUAUAUUACAAUGCAACAAUUUCUUUUGACGUAGGACUUACGUCUUUCUUUACUA